UCCGCAGCAAAAGAAGUAGCAACAAGAAGCCUACUAUGAUGAAGUCUCUUUGCCUGCUCUCUUUCUUUCUGCUCAUGAUCUUUACCAUCACAGCUGAGAAAGGGGUCGAGGGUGCUGGAGAAUGCGGGAGAGUUUCUCCGGACCGUUUGGCAUUGCGGCUCGCACCGUGCGCGUCCGCGUCGCAGGAUCCGCAGGCCGAUGUUUCAGACCGGUGCUGCUCGGAGGUGCACACACUCGGCCAGAAUCCCGGCUGCCUCUGCGCCGUCAUGCUGUCGGAGACCGCCAAGAGCGCAGGAGUCAAGCCUGAAGUGGCCAUAACCAUCCCUAAGCGCUGCAACCUGGUAGAUCGCCCUGUCGGAUACAAAUGUGGAGGUUAUACUCUGCCUUAACUAUCGGAAUGGUGAAGACUUGAAGACCGGCUGAUAGCUGUUGCUGUAAUGAAUGCAGUACUGUGUGUCUGCUCAAAGGGCAUAAAUAAACUACCAAGGAGUGUUGUUUGUCAUGUUGAUAUGUGUUGUAUAAUUAGGACGCUUGAGAAUAAUUGGCAUGUUGCUAUGUGUUUCAUAAAAUGAAACUUGGCUACUUUUGGCUGCUCUGCUUCAAGUACUCAUUAAGAAAUUAAAUAAAUGGUACUUCUACA